GGUGCUUGUUGAUCUGUCACGAGCGGCGAGCUAGCUGGAGCAGGCUGGAGCUAUGGCAAAGGUGGAAAUUGCACCACUGAGACCCUGGGAUGAUUUCUUCCCUGGAGCCGAACGGUUCUCCAAACCAGAUCUUGCCGAUUUAAUCAAAUGGAAUAACAGGGUUGUCAGCAAUCUGUUAUAUUAUCAGACAAAUUAUUUGGCGGUGGUAAUUGUUGUUUUUCUGAUUGUGGGGUUUAUGAACCCUCUGGGCAUGAUCCUGGGUGGGGCAGUUGUCACCCUGGUGUUCAUGGGCUCAGUAUGGGGUGCGGAGAACAAGGUUAUGAUCAAGAACUUCAAGAAGAAGAAUCCCACACUCUUUGUCCUGGCUGUUAUGGGUGUCAGCUACUUCCUGAUGUCCCUCUUUGGGGGGGUCAUGGUGUUCAUCUUCGGAAUCACUUUCCCAAUGCUCCUGGUCUUUGCACAUGCUUCCACAAGGCUGCGCAAUAUGAAGAAUAAACUGGAGAACAAGAUCGAGGGGGUGGGGCUAAAGAAGACGCCCAUGGGCAUCAUCCUGGAUGCCCUGGGCCAGCAGGAGGAGAACUUCAACAAGAUCCAGGACUUCCUGGAGAGCAAGAUAAAACAGUGAAGACCAGACACCAGCCGUCACUCCUCAACUGUCCCUGGUCCGUGUUCUGUCUCCUUUCAUGUUCUCCUGGCUGUCUAAUGGCAGCUUGUAUUCCUCAUUAUUUCCCCCGUUUGUAUGUAAACAGUACCUGUGUAUUGCACAUUAACUGUGUACUGCUGGCAGGAGCAGGCAGUAAGAAAUGAUUGCCUAUCAGUUUCACCGCUGAAGGACAUGAAAUUCGUCGUUAAAGCUAGCCUCGCAACUGUUCGGCAUUCGACAGUUUGUUUCCGCGGGUUUCUCGCAUUUAUAUUAUGUGUGUUGCUUGGGAAGAAAUGUUUAUGUUGAAAAAUGUCUCAUUUUUGGAAAGAGACCAUGAUUUAGGACUUGAGAUAAUUUAAUUAAGAUUAAAGUUAAUUAAGCCUGGAUUAAGAAGAAUGCUAGUCUAUUACAGCAUGCCUAAAACCUGUAAUGAUUGAAUUGCAUUUAUUUAUUAAAGAAUAUCUAGAAUUGUAGCGGCUGUUUUUAUUGGAUAUUUUUGGAGAAAUGUAGUUUCUUGUGCUACCUCAGAAUGAUCAUCUUAUUGUUCGCAUCAAGUCCCGCUGUGGUCAAGUAUAAUAUUUCAACGUGUAAGAAAACGUUGGUGGUAAUUCGCGGACAUACGCAUUUGAACAAUGACAGGUUGCAACAUCUCUAUGCUUUUUGCACUCAAGAAAAAACAUCCAAACAUCCUUUAUGCAAUCAUAGCUAUGCAAGUCUGGUAAAAUGAUUGAAAAUGUUUUUUUUCUCAUUUUUCUUCUUAUGUAAACCAAGAUUUGGUCUCUUCUCUUGUUCCCAUCGUUGUUUUUUCUUGUUUUGGAAUGUUGGACACAGUGAAAUGGCAUUGUAAAUUAAAAUGAUCAAACUGAGUGCAUUGUAAAUUCCCUAUCGAUUUAGCAUUGUCAAUUGAGUUUUAAAAUGAUUUGUUGAGUUUUUGUUUAUUGAUGUAAUUUGUAGGGCGAUGUCUAUACAGAAUUUGUAAAGUUUGAAUUAGGAAUAACUGACUUGAUGGACUGUAUGGCACAAGAAUCUUUAUUAAGUUGAUCUCUGGAGUGAAUGUAAAAUCUUGCUUUUUUAACACCUGUAACAGAAUGCACAGAAUAUCAUCCAUUUGUCAAUUUAAAUACGAUAUUAACAGAACCCUUUAUACAAACAUGUAGUUGCUGAUCCUGGCACUGCAUAUUAAUGGUAUCUCUGAACCUUUGUGUGAAUAUAAUCCAGGUAAUGGGCUGAGUUUUUUUCCCCCAUUAAUCAUGUUGCAAUGAAUCCAACUGACACCAAAAAGGUUCUAAAGGAAGCAAUAUCCAUGUCAGUGACUUUGUUAUAUACAGUAUGCUUUGCUUAUUUUCAAUUCAUGAAAGGGUAGUUUAUACUUCAAAGGUAGUUUCAUUACUCCAUGCCAAUAAAAAGAGCAGGAUCCAAACAA